CAAGCCGCUUCACAUAAAUGUCUUUGACGACGCGAAAUGCAACCAUUUGAUCGAUCAGCGGCGAUCUGAAGAUUUGAACAAUUCAGUCUCUGCCAACGAAGCUGACGCCACGAAAAAACGUGCGGAGCUAACGCCAUUAUCACGACAGCUGACGGAGCCACUCAAAAUAUCCGAACUUACGUUAACGCCCCAGUGGUCUCCGGCGCUCCCCAUCGGUGGACUGCAAGCCCACCCAGCCCUGACGAGCUAUUACAUGAGAUUUUUUCAACAGGCCCAAAACCUCCACCCCGCCCUCCACCCUGCCCUCCAUCCUGCCCUCCACUCCAGCUUGUAUUCCACCGUCCACACACACCUUAACCCUUACCACUUGCUAGACUCUCCCUUCACCAAAUCGUUUUUACAGAGGUCACCCCCUUUGACCCUUAACACGCCAUCGCUGUACUUCCAACCACCGUUUCGAGCAUUCCCAGGGGCAUACCCGCCUUUUCAGCUGCUUCCCCAACCGGACAUCCCCAAAAAAGAGCCGUCUACCCACGAGGCCUCCCACUUUUGCCGUACCGAGCUCGUCAUCCCUACCACCCACUUUGACCGCGGGUCACUCCCCAACACCACACCAUUCCCCCACCGCAAAACAUCUUCAUCACUCUCCCCCUCCUCCCCCACGUGCAUGUCCUCGCCCUCCAGCACCACCAGCAGCACCAUCUCCAACAUCAUCACCUCCCCCACCACCACCAUCAACACCUUACCAAACGACGCCCUCAACUGCAGCCUCUCCAACAGCCACACUGGUCUCGGGGUCAGUCGUUUAUUCUCAAGCGAAGUCCCCCACCAAGCAAACAUAAAACAGGGCAAAGAAAGGGAAAGUGCCCUGCUGCGUUUCAACUGCGAAUCCUGCAACAAAACCUACAGCACCCUGAGCGGUCUCAGCAAGCACAAGCAGUUCCAUUGCAACACGCACGUCAGGAAAGAAUUCACGUGCAAACAUUGCGAGAAGACGUACGUUUCCCUCGGGGCGCUGAAGAUGCACAUUCGAACGCACACACUCCCUUGCAAAUGUCAGGUGUGCGGCAAGGCGUUCUCCCGACCUUGGCUCCUCCAAGGUCACAUCCGGACCCACACGGGGGAAAAGCCGUUCAGGUGCAGCCACUGCGGCCGGGCGUUCGCCGACCGAUCCAACCUGCGCGCGCAUUUGCAGACUCACGCGGACGUGAAGCGGUACAGCUGCAAGGGGUGCAGCAAGACGUUCUCCCGGAUGUCGCUUUUGACGAAGCACGAGGACGGCUGUCCGAGUAACUCGGUGUGACGUCAGAACGGGCGGCUAGCAAGUUUGGAUGAGAUGUUGACGUGGCUGGAAAUGUGACGUCAUGAACCAAUAGAUGGGUCGGUAUGACUUACAGAUUGAUGAACCAGCCCCGAGAAGCCAAAUAUUUAGAAAUGUUUGAAGGUUGAAAUGGGAGGUCUCUCAAAGGUAAAGACUUACCCUCACAGGGACAAUGCCUUUGCAAAAUUUUACGUACAAUUAUAUUUUUUGUGGAGAACAAGCCAAGCCAAUUCAUUAUUACAGUCC